GGGCCAAUCCACGUAGCUAAGCUUAGCAAACCUUUCAUUAGCUACCUAGCUAUUUCUAUCAGUAUGCGCUCUAUUAGUACAGGGCUCAGUAAAAAUAAGUUGUGCAUAUUCUGAAAAUCUUAAAACCAACCGAAACGAGUCCAUUUUAGCGCAGUUAGCUAGGUAGUUAAGUGUAGAAGCGAACAGAUCUCUUCACCUGGCUAACGGUAGCUAGCCUAGCUAUCCGGUUCAUUCAGACAGUGAAUAUGGCUGCUGUCCUGAAAGGACAAGUUAGUCCGGGUCUAACAUCACGGCUGCAGAAAUUGAUAUGGACCAACGGAUUCGUCAGGCACGCCUGGGCUGGGAGGAUGGAGAAAGUGCUCAUUGCCAACAGGGGAGAAAUUGCAUGCAGAGUGAUGCGGACAGCCCGGAAGAUGGGUGUUCGGUCUGUGGCUGUGUACAGUGAUGCUGACAGGCAUUCUAUGCAUGUGGCCAUGGCAGAUGAAGCCUACCAUAUUGGAGCAUCUCCUUCACAGCAGAGUUACUUGUGUAUGGAGAAAGUUCUGGAAGUUGCCAAGAAGUCCUCAGCACAGGCUAUCCACCCUGGUUAUGGUUUCCUCUCUGAGAAUACAGAGUUUGCAGAACUGUGCAAGCAGGAAGGGAUCCUCUUCAUCGGUCCACCCUCUUCAGCUAUCCGGGAUAUGGGAAUAAAGAGCACAUCUAAACACAUUAUGUCCGCUGCCGGUGUGCCCAUCAUCGAGGGUUACCAUGGAGAGGAUCAAUCGGAUGAAAGGCUUCAAGCUGAAGCUACCAGGAUUGGCUACCCUGUUAUGAUCAAAGCUGUAAGAGGUGGAGGUGGGAAGGGAAUGCGUAUCGCGCGCUCCGAGGCUGACUUCCACCAGCAGCUGGAGUCUGCGCGAAGGGAAGCUUGCAAAUCGUUCAACGACGAUGUCAUGCUGGUGGAGAAGUUUGUGGAGAACCCCAGGCACGUGGAGGUGCAGGUGUUUGGAGAUCAACACGGCAACGCUGUGUAUCUGUUUGAGAGGGACUGCAGUGUGCAGAGGAGACAUCAGAAGAUCAUCGAGGAAGCACCAGGGCCUGGUAUCAGUCCUGAGGUGAGGCGUAAACUGGGAGAAGCUGCGGUGCAGGCAGCUAAAGCAGUUAACUAUGUGGGAGCAGGCACCGUGGAGUUCAUCAUGGACGCUCAGCACAAUUUCUACUUCAUGGAGAUGAACACUCGGUUGCAGGUGGAGCAUCCCGUCUCUGAGAUGAUCACCGGCACCGACCUGGUGGAGUGGCAGCUCAGGGUGACUGCUGGGGAGAAGCUCCCUCUCUCCCAGGAGGAGAUUGUGCUCCGAGGUCACUCGUUUGAGGCCCGGAUCUAUGCUGAAGACCCCGCUAACGACUUCCUGCCCGGAGCUGGACCUUUGCUGCACCUGUCUACGCCGCAGGCAGACGAGCACACGCGCAUCGAGACUGGAGUCCGGGAGGGAGAUGAGGUGUCUGCCCACUACGACCCCAUGAUCGCCAAGCUCGUGGUGUGGGGGAAGGAUCGCUCGGCUGCUCUGAAGAAGCUCCGCUACUGCUUACGGCAGUACAAUAUUGUGGGUCUGAACACCAACAUCGACUUCCUGCUAAGCCUGUCGGGGCAUCCGUGCUUCGAGUCGGGGGAUGUGCACACCAGCUUCAUCCCACAGCACUACGAGCAACUCUUUCCUCCGCCAGCACAGGCCAGCGUGGAGGAGACUUGCCAGGCCGCCCUGGGCCUUCUGCUCCACGAGAAGGAACACACUCGGGAGUUUACGCGCAGGUCACACGACAUGUACUCUCCCUUCGGCUUGGGUGACGGUACCCGCCUUAAUGUCCUCUACUGCAGGAAUCUGAGGCUACACCUGGGGACCAACAAAGUGGAAGUAGCUGUUACCUACAGCCCUGAUGGGACCUAUAAGAUGGAGACUGGAGGCCAGGGGUUCCAGGUGUCCGGUGAACUCCAGAAGGAGGGUGGGGCUACAUACCUGCACUGCUGUGUGAACGGCGUUCUGUCUCGACCCAAGCUGGUCAUCCUGGACAACACGGUCCACCUAUUCUCCACGGAGGGCAGUGCUCAGGUGAACGUACCUUUGCCCAAAUUCCUGGCUGGGGUCAGCACCUCCGGGGCACAGGAUGGCGCCGUGGCACCCAUGACGGGCACCAUUGAGAAGGUCCUCAUACAGGUGGGAGACACUGUCCAUAAGGGAGACCCUCUAAUGGUGAUGAUUGCCAUGAAAAUGGAGCACACCAUCCGUGCUCCCAAAGCCGGUGUCAUUAAGAAGGUGUUCUUUAAAGAGGGCGCUCAGGCCAACCGCCAUGCGCCAUUGGUAGAGCUGAAGGAGGAGGAGCAGGAGGAGCAGCCACAGCCCUGAGCCACCGUAACAGACAGCAGGAGCGAGCGAUAUCAUUGGAGGACAUUCUGAGUACUAUCGCUACUUGGCACCUGUAGUUACUGCUAGCUGUGAAGUCCAGAUGUAGCACUUUGAUUUUGGAGCAUUACAUACAGCUAAUCUAAGAUUUGGGAGAGUUGGAUAAAUCUUAUUAUUUAUGAUUUGAACUGACCAUUUUUCUGCAUAUCCAUAAACAUUUGGUUUGUAAAUUGUCAGAUGUUAUUGCCACUGUUGUGAACCCCUAUUUGCAUAGUCAUGGUUUAACACGAGGUGCCUUUGGUUUGUUUUGUAACAUUUCUUUCCUUUCUUGGCUGGAGUAAGCCAUUUUGGGUAGAGAUUUCACCCAAGAUCUGUAUGCUCUAGUAAAUUUACAUUUUCUUUCCAAACUCAUGCAGUUUUUAAUAUCAAGGACUGUGUUUAGAUUAAGUAGGCCAAUCAAAAUGUAUAUAAUCCACAGGACUAUGUUCAGAUUAAGUAGGCCAAUGGUGAGUAAUAUAUGGUUUUGUUUGCGUUCUGACCAUCACAAUUUUGAGGUAGAAAGUCACUACAAACACUGGUACUCACUCUUGAUGUGCAAGUUUUGCCUUGAUGUUGAUUACUGUUGUACAAGUGAAAGACGAGUACAAACAGCUCACCUCAUCAGGACUGUGCUCUUUACAACAUUGCUUCCUAGGGUCCGCUCUCUGACCUGCUGUCCUGGUUUUUAUUAAACACAGACCAUUACUUAGA